AUGUCUGCUUCCAGAGCGAACAAGAUCUUCCCCAUACAAAAUGGACCUCGAGAUGAAUUUGAGACUCGCACAAAGCCACUUUCUCCAAUAUGGAAGCCAAAAGCUCCUGCCAGUCAGAUACCAAUGAAUAUUUAUCGCGAACAUGUCAACAAGAAGUUUUUUCUCCGGCUAACAGGCUCCCACGAUUUGCACAGGUGGAGCGUGACAGACCCUCAAGCUUUCUGGGUUGAUCUCUGGGAUUAUGUGGGUUUGAUACCCGGGUUACCUCCAGGAAUAAAACAAGCAUACGAUCCGAACAUACCCAUUUCAGAGGUUCCUCCAUUCUUUGAAGGGGCAUCGAUUAACUACGCGGAGAACGUGCUGAUCCAGCCACUUGUCGAUGACCGAAGCCCUGCUCUAAUCGGGUUGAGGGAAGGCCAGCACCUUGAUGGCGAAGUCUGGACAUGGUCCAUAUUGCGGGAAAAUGUGCGGAGAGUCAGGAGCGCUCUGCUUCGAAGCGGGAUUCGAAAGGGUGAUAGGGUUGCUGCUCUGAUAUCGACCUCAGUUUGGUCAGUUGCCUUACUCCUUGGCUCGGCCAGCAUCGCGGCUAUCUUUACUUCAAUUGCUCCAGAUCUUGGGCUUGAGGGAUGUACCUCUCGACUGCAACAAGUGCAACCUUCUAUAUUGUUUGCCGACAGUCACUGCACCUACAAAGGCAAACAAAGCUCCAACACUCCCAAGAUAGCUGCAAUAUUGAAGCUCCUCAAACCGAAUCCAGAGCUGUUUGUCGUGCCUACGGGACCUGAGGAGGAUUUCCAGUUACUAUCUGACUUCCUCAGAAGGUCGAAAGACGCAGACGAACUAAAGUUUGACAGGCUCCCGCUCACGACACCGCUUUACAUUCUUUACUCCAGCGGGACCUCGGGCCCUCCGAAGUGCCUUGUGCACAGCCAUGCGGCUAUUAUACAGCAUAAGAAAAUUGGAAAGCUGCACAACUCCCUGAAGCCAGGAGAGGUUGUCUUCCAAUAUUCGAGUACGUCGUGGGUCCUCUGGAAUAUUAUGGUUGGCCACCUGGCCAUGGGUGCCACUCUCGUUUUGUACGACGGAUCGCCCACCUGGCCAAGGCCUCAGAGAAUGCUCGAGAUUGUCGAAAGAUUCAAAGUGAACUACUGGGGCGCCUCACCGAAGUAUCUCAAAGAGCUUGAAUCGACAGGGGUUAAGCCCAAGGCAGAUUAUGAUCUUUCUAAUCUUCGGAUGGUGCAAACCGGAGGGUCUCAUCUUGCUUCCGACCAAUAUCACUGGUUCUACAACGUUUUCCCCUCGAGCGUGCAUUUAACAAGCGUGACUGGAGGAACGGACCUGGUCACUUCCUGGUGUGGAACCGACCCUGCUGGCCCACUUUUCCCGGGAGAAAUACAAAUGCCCAUCCUCGGACAUGAUGUCGAUAUAGCGGACCCUAUUGACGGCCAUUCGAUUAAGGAUACUGGAGAAGCGGGAGAAUUUGUCUGCCGAAAACCGUUUCCUUCGAUGCCCGUCUAUAUGUGGGGCGAUACAGAAGGUAAAAAAUACAAAGCUUCUGACGGCGUCCUUAACCCCCAAGGCAUUCGGUUCGGCUCCGCAGAGAUCUACUCCAUCACUGAGGCGGCUCCUUUCUUGAACACGGUCGCCACCACCCUCUGUGUUGGUCGGAAAAGGCAAGGUCUUGACUUUGACGAGUCCGUAUUCCUUUUUGUCGUCAUGCGUGCGGGCUGUCCGUUCACCAAAAAGUUAGAGCAACUACUGAAGGAUGCAAUCCGCAAGUCCCUCAGUCCUCGGCACGUUCCACGGUUUGUGGUUGAGGUGAGAGCGAUCCCGAUGACAUCAAAUGGCAAGAAGGUCGAGACUCUGGUCAAAGAGGUCAUCUCAACAGGGGAGAUGCCAAGGACGAUAAGUUCUACCGUGAUAAAUCCAGAAUGUAUCGAGGCAUUCCGACACUUCUACCUUCUCGAGGCGCAAAUCAAAUGUGAUUUCAGCUCGUCCCAUCAGCCAUGCACUAAUUGCAGACUGGGAGGCCUGCUCUGCAAGCCGCAUCAGAGGAAGCGCCCACGAUACUUGUCGACAGGCGAUCCGAGUUCACAAGGCCAGGAGGCUAUUGCCGAGCAUCAUGGCGACGAAGACUCAACGCCAGUAAAGAUUCGAAGCUCCGAGCCCGUUGCUGUGCCGGAUGACCAGGCUCAAACUCUAAUCCACCAGGCUGGAAGACAGUGGCAAACCGAGGGCAUCGAGGCCAUGACCGUGAUAGGCACGCGAAAUGAACUCACCGGGUCGCCUGAAUAUGUAGCCGCCACAGAAAGCCACGUGGGCAGAAGUGACUAUAUUGGGAGCGGCGACAUCAGAUUUCGCGAAGAAAUGGUAAAAGUUCAGAGUGACACUUUACGAAUAUCCCAGACAGACUCCGAGCUACUUCAACUACAGAAAGCCUUCGAGUUGCCGCAGAGAUCUGUUCUUGCAAGCCUCGUCGACAGCUACUUCGAGUAUUGUUCUCCAUGGACGCCGGUCCUUGAAUUUUCGGACGUGGCAGAACUCCAGGCCCGUGGAACGUCUCCUCUCUUACUCAACGCCGUGCUCCUGGCCGGGAGCAGGGUAGCAUCAAGCGAUAUUCUAUCAGCUUCUGCCGAGGAUUUCUAUCGAAAAGCCAGGUUAAUAUUCAUUUUGGGUCACGAAAGAGACGCGCUUACCUGCACCAUCGCUGUUACCUUGCUUCAGUGGUUCAACCCCACGGGCCCAGAACAUAUUUCAACAAGUACAAGCGGGUUCUGGGUACGCAUUGCUGCUGGCUUGGCGUACCAAAUCGGACUACACAAGGAGCGGACCACGCAGAAGAACACAUGCCUCCGCCGGAGGCUAUGGUGGUCAAUUGUUUGCCGCGAUGAUAUUAUAUCCAUAGGGACAGGGCGACCAAGGACAAUUAAUCUUGACGAUAGCGAUGUGGCCAACCUAUGCAUCAGUGAUUUCCCAACUCCAGACACCAACGCACGCUUAUUUAUAGCAUUCUCUGGUAUCAUUCGUCUUCUGGCUGAUUUAACCGAAAAUAUUCGACGGAAAACGAUGACGGCAAAGAUACAGGUCUCCUUAGAGAACGCCCUUUAUCGUUGGAUCAAAAGUUUGCCUGUGGAGUUUCACCUCUUUUAUGGCUCGCCGAAGAUGUUGGGAUCCUAUAACUUCCAUGGAAGGCAACUCUUGGUUCCUUAUUUUGUGUUCCUGUUCAUUCUGUCUCGACACUCGGCUUCGCGAAAGCAGUCCAUACGUAUGUCACUUAUAACAUCCUCUUUUGUUGCAGGGAUGUUCGAAGAUUUCCUGAACAGAGGCGAGCUCUGUCAUUGCGGGCCAGUAUUUACAUUCUACGCUUUUGCAGCUGGCCUUGCUCAGGUGUUGGCAUUGAGAUACAAGUUUCUCACAGAAUCUGCGGAAGAUUCAUUGUUCAUUAUUCAAUCAUCUCUGACAGAAUUGAAGAAGAGGUGGGGAUCCGCAGAGGGUGCUCUCGCAGCGUUAGGUGAGAUAAAAAGGCUCACACUGCGGAGUCCAAGCCUCGGCGAUGUGCCUGAUCACGAUGUUGGAAGGCUUGCGCCGUUUGUUGAAGACUUUGGUCCGCAGCUUUGCAAGCAGUACCAGCUCUUAGCACAAGAUUGCUCUGCCACAGGAGCCCUGCCACCAUUACAUUCAAACUCAGCCUCCAUCAGCAUCGGCUGUGACUACCACCCAUCUGAUACGCAAGACGGCGAAGCUGAACACAUCGAUCCUCCACUUGGGGGCCAAAGCAUCUCGUUCUUCGGUGACAUGGAUCCUUUUGGAAGCUGGAUAGACGACUUGGAACUAGGUUUGAUGGAUUAUUAG